GGCGGGGCCGCGGGGGCAAAGGACAAUCCAAAAAUUUACUUCGGGCGGUAGAGGGAUUCCUUCCCCUUCCUUCCGCGCCCGCGCCCGCGCCGCGUGAGCCGAACCCUCCCGAGCUCCCGCGCCCGGGAUGGACGCCCCCGCAGCGGCAGCCGCCGGGCCCUCCUCCUCCUCCGAAGCCGCAGCCGCUGGGCCCUCCUCUGCCGCCGCUCCAGCCGCAGCCGCCAGGGCCUCCUCUGGCGCCGAGCUUCCCGCGGCGGCCGCCCAGCCGCCGCCGCCGGUGGCUCCGCGUGUGCAGCUUCUCCAGGCGCCCGUGCUGGGCGGCGGCGGCGCCGGCAGCGGGGGCGGGAGCGGCGUCGCGCGGACCUGCCGCCACCACGCGUACAGCCGCAAGCAGAAGUCGCUCGGCCUGCUAUGCUCCAAGUUCGUGGCGCUGUACGACCGGGAGGACGUGGAGACGAUUGGGCUGGACGAUGCGGCCAAGCAGCUCGGCGUCGAGCGCCGCCGGAUCUACGACAUCGUCAACGUGCUCGAGAGCGUCGGGAUUCUUGUGCGGAGGGCCAAGAAUCGGUACACGUGGCUCGGAUUCGGGGGAGUCCCUGCGGCGCUCAAAGAACUCAAGGAGAGGGCGUUGAGGGAGAUGUCCGGAUCAUCAGUGUUACCUCCAAUGGAGGAGUCAUCCGCUGCUAAUCUCUCUGAUGAUGAAGAUGACGAGAAAUUAGAGGAUGCUGAUGAGGACGCCGAGAGCGAGAAGCUCAGCCAAUCUGUUGACAAUACGUCUGAUAAGCCUGAUGCACCCGGCUGCCGCCUUAGAUCUGAUCAUCGGAAGGAGAAGUCCCUUGGGCUGCUCACUCAGAAUUUUGUCAAGCUCUUCCUCACCAUGGAGGUUGAGACGUUCUCACUGGAUGAAGCUGCUAGGCUUCUCCUAGGAGAGGGACAUGCUGAGAGCAAUAUGAGAACUAAAGUUCGGCGAUUGUAUGACAUUGCCAAUGUACUAUCUUCAUUGAACCUCAUUGAGAAGACACAGCAAGCUGACACAAGAAAGCCCGCAUUCAGGUGGCUGGGCCAGGCAAAGCGAAAGCAAGAGAACAAUACCAUGGUGGCUCUACCCACAGCCAGACCCAAUAAAAGAGCAUUUGGUACUGAUCUUACAAAUUUUGACAAUAAGCGGGGCAGGUUGGACUCCACAACAGAGAACAAAGUCAAGCUCAUGCAGGGUUCUGGCAACAUAGUGAAGACUUUUGAGAGGCAGCUGGGGCAAGGGAACAGGAAUGACUUUGUUUAUGGGCCCUUCCACCCUUCUGUUGCAAAGAAACAGGAAAGUGAUGAUCACACCACCGUUAGGCAGGAGGAGAGGAAGACCAUUCAGGACUGGGAAAACCUUGCUGUUACCUUCCGUCCGCAAUAUCAAAACCAAGCAUUGAAUGAUCUUUUUGGUCAUUAUGUGGAAGCAUGGAAAUCAUGGUACUUGGAUCUUACACGGGAAACAUCAUCAUGAACUAGAAUGCUAGCAGGUCUGUUGUAAGCCGAUUACAGUAGGCAGAUCAACUCAGUUGUUGAUGCAUGCUUAGGGAACUGAUUUGUUUGUAAUAAAACAAAGGCAAAUGUUGGCCUUUGGUUCAUUGUAUUUACUCAAAUGCAAAAAAUGAGGCCAUUUUGUCAAAAGUAAAAUUUUCAAAAAAAUUGACCCACUGUCAAUCUGUAUUCUGUAGUCAACACUGAAGGAUAUAAUUUUUCACAUUCCAGUAUCUGUUUCGUUCUAUCAAAUAGUGUAAAGGAGAUGGUUUGGUAAUUGGUAUAAGGAUUUUUCA